UUCACCCCACACUUUAAAUGAGACAAUAUUCUCAUUGGAAAAAGUAAGUGUCCGUAGAGCAUGACCCUAUGAGAACCCUAGAAAUAGAGAUGCGACAUGCGAAAAUUUAUAAACUCUAGUUUUCUCAUUUUGAUACCGACUAUCUAGCUCCAUCUAAUUACAUUUUAGGUCACACCUAACCUAAGUGUCAUCGUACUCGAUCGCUGUAUUCUGAAUUUCUAACUCAGUAGUAAAAGGUAAAAAAAAAAACAAUAUAUUCAAGCAGUAGGAAAGGAGAGAUUGAGAUGAUAGCAGUAAGAAUGGAGAGAAAGUAGAAAGUGAGAAAAUGUCACAAAGCAACCCCCACCCCCAUACUGCCAUUUUUUCCCCUCGCUGCCCUUUUGGAAACUAUAGGUGAAAAGAAAAGAAAAAAGAAAUGCCGGAAAAGAAAAACAAAAAGAGAUUCGUCAAAAAUUUUCACUGUCAAUCACAGGAUGGAUAUUGAGAGGGCGAAGAGAGUCAACCCGAUCCCUUUUGGCGGUAUUUAUUUGUAAGGCUUCGAUGACUCCACAUAAUCCUCCACCAUUGCAUUUUAUCCAUCUCUCUCUCUCUCUCUCCCUUCCCCAACCUUCUUCUUCUUCUUCUCUCUCUCUCUUCCUUUUCCUCCAUUUUCUUCUUCGUCCGCUGCCUCCUCCUUUCCAUCUUCUUCUCUGUACAAAAAGGACCUCAACCUUUUCGCCUUUCUUAAAUCAUUUCUCCCUCUCUCUCUCUCUCUCUCCUAGGCCUUUUAUCAAACACCUUUCUUGCGCCCCAUUUCUCUCUUUUUCUGCAGUUGCUAGAGAGAGAGAUGGAAAAGGAGAGUCGAGCUCCAGCAGCAUGCAGAUAACCGCCCACAGCAGUACCCAUCUUCUCCAAACACAACCUUUCUUAGCUUUUGUUUUGCUCCCCAUUUUUCUUUGCUGGAGGCAAACAAGGAAGCUUGCCUGACAGGAUCUUGUUCGGCUUUAGAGUGAAGGGAGAAGGAUAGAGAAGGAAGCGCUAGGCUGGAGCUUGUUAAUAACUAGGAUACAAAGCCGGGGAAAAGGGGUCCUCUCUUCCCCACCAUUCCUUCGCUUGCCCUUCUUUCUCUUUCUUUCUCUCCCAGAAGAACAAAAAAAAAAAAAAGGGUUAGUUUUGAAGGGAGAGGAGGUUGGAGACAUUUGGAUUCAAAGUUAUCCUUCUGUCUCCUCUUGCUCUCCACUGUCAUUUCCCCUUUUCCAUUUCCGAGCACUUUUUUCUGUGUUUACGGCCUCUUUCUACCUGUUUCCCUUUGGCUUGGGUUUCUUGGGGAGGUGUCGGGACAAGUGUGGGGGGUGUGAAGCCUAGGUGUUUGAUAAAUUACCUGACUGAAGAAGCGCAUUCACGGAGGAACAGUGAGCAUAGAAUACAUACGCAAAGAUAGAUUAUCAAGUCCGAGAACGAAGAAGGGAAGAGUUCAUGAGUUUUGGAGGGUUCCUUGAGAACAGUAGCCCUGGUGGUGGCGCGAGAAUCGUGGCUGACAUACCGGCCUACGCUACGAACAACACCAUGCCUGCCGGUGCAAUCGUUCAGCCACACCUCCUCUCUCCUAAUUCUUUCUCCAAGUCCAUGUUCAGCUCUCCUGGACUCUCCCUCGCCCUUCAACAACCGAAUAUAGAGGGCGGUCAAGGUGAUAUGGGGAGGAUGAGUGAGAACUACGAGUCAAGCUUGGGGAGGAUGAGAAGCAGAGAAGAGGAGCACGAGAGCAGAUCUGGGAGUGAUAACUUGGAUGGAGGUUCUGGUGAUGACCAGGAUGCUGCUGAACACCCUCCCAAGAAGAAGCGAUACCACCGACACACUCCUCAGCAAAUCCAAGAGCUUGAAUCGCUUUUCAAGGAGUGUCCUCAUCCUGAUGAGAAGCAGAGAUUGGAGCUUAGCAGAAGACUUUCCCUGGAAACCAGGCAGGUCAAGUUCUGGUUUCAAAAUCGUCGAACCCAGAUGAAGACUCAACUGGAACGCCAUGAGAACUCAUUACUCCGGCAAGAAAACGACAAGCUUAGAGCUGAAAAUAUGUCAAUUAGAGAUGCUAUGAGGAACCCAAUGUGCUCCAACUGCGGUGGUCCUGCAAUAAUAGGCGACAUCUCUCUUGAGGAACAGCACCUGAGGAUUGAGAAUGCGAGGCUGAAAGAUGAGCUUGACCGAGUUUGUGCUCUUGCCGGGAAGUUUUUGGGUCGCCCCAUUUCUUCAUUAACAGCUUCAAUGCCGCCCCCUAUGCCAGAUUCAAGUUUGGAGCUUGGAGUUGGGAGCAAUGGGUUCGGUUCAUUGACCACUGUGGCUGCAACAUUACCUGUUGGGCCUGCUGAUCAUUUCGGAACUGUUUCUAAUGCUAUGUCUGUAGUUCCUCAAAAUAGACCGGUGGCCAAUGGAGGAACCGGGCUUGACCGGUCUCUGGAAAGAUCUAUGCUCUUAGAACUUGCUUUGACUGCCAUGGAUGAGUUGGUUAAAAUGGCGCAAACUGAUGAGCCUCUUUGGCUCAAGAGCUUGGAUGGCAGUAGGGAAAUGUUGAACCAGGAAGAGUAUAUGAGAACUUUCACUCCGUGUAUCGGCUUGAAACCAAAUGGGUUCGUUUCUGAAGCUUCUAGGGAGACUGGUAUGGUGAUUAUCAACAGUUUGGCGCUUGUCGAGACUCUGAUGGACUCGAAUCGGUGGGCAGAAAUGUUUCCAUGUAUGAUUGCCAGGACCUCCACCACUGACGUCAUAUCCAAUGGGAUGGGGGGAACUAGAAAUGGCUCACUCCAGUUGAUGCACGCUGAGCUCCAAGUUCUCUCUCCUUUAGUCCCGGUUCGUGAGGUGAAUUUCCUACGGUUCUGCAAACAGCACGCAGAAGGGGUGUGGGCUGUUGUUGAUGUUUCCGUGGACACUAUCCGAGAAACUUCGGGUGCGCCGCCGACAUUUCUCAGCUGCAGGAGGCUUCCUUCUGGCUGUGUGGUGCAAGAUAUGCCUAAUGGCUACUCCAAGGUGACGUGGGUGGAACACGCAGAGUACGAUGAAACUCAAACCCACCAGCUGUACCGGCCGUUGAUCGGCUCCGGCAUGGGCUUCGGUGCGCAAAGAUGGGUUGCCACCCUUCAACGUCAAUGCGAGUGUUUAGCAAUUCUCAUGUCUUCUGCAGUGCCCUCAAGAGACCAUACUGCGGCGAUAACUGCGGGCGGGCGGCGGAGCAUGCUGAAGCUGGCGCAAAGGAUGACCGACAACUUCUGCGCCGGGGUGUGCGCUUCGACGGUGCACAAGUGGAACAAGCUGAACGCCGGGAACGUGGACGAGGACGUGCGGGUGAUGACGAGGAAGAGCGUGGACGACCCAGGGGAGCCGCCGGGGAUCGUCCUGAGCGCGGCGACGUCGGUGUGGCUGCCGGUGUCCCCUCAGCGGCUGUUUGACUUCCUCCGCGACGAGCGGCUGCGGAGCGAGUGGGACAUCUUGUCCAACGGCGGGCCCAUGCAGGAGAUGGCCCACAUCGCCAAGGGCCAGGACCACGGCAACUGCGUCUCCCUCCUCCGCGCUAGCGCGAUGAACGCGAACCAGAGCAGCAUGCUAAUACUGCAGGAGACGUGCAUCGACGCGGCGGGGUCGCUUGUGGUGUACGCGCCCGUCGACAUUCCAGCGAUGCACGUGGUGAUGAACGGUGGCGAUUCGGCCUACGUGGCCCUCCUCCCGUCUGGGUUUGCCAUCGUUCCCGAUGGCCCAGAAGGCGGCGGCGGCAGCGGCGGGUCUCCGUCUGGUGGUGGUGAUGAGGAGAAGGGGGGGCAGAGGGUGAGCGGUUCCCUGCUGACGGUGGCAUUUCAGAUACUGGUGAACAGCCUGCCGACGGCGAAGCUGACGGUGGAGUCGGUGGAGACGGUGAAUAACCUCAUAUCUUGCACCGUCCAGAAGAUCAAGGCGGCACUUCAAUGCGAGAGCUGAUCAUGGGAGAUUUGGGAUUUGUUGUUGUUGGUGGUUGAGGUGGUGGAGUAACUUUUGCAAGUGGUGGUGGUGGUACGGUUACGCGCGGGAUUAUUAAGUGAGGUUUGGGUUUGGGUUUGGGUGGUGGAGUCAAGAACGAACCAACCGCGUUUGGGUAAACUCCUUGCAUGGUGGUAAGGAUUCCAUGAGAGAGUUGUGUCCUUAGCACAAGGCAAGGGUGGUGGUUCGGGUAUUGACUCAGCUCUACCCUCGUUGUUAUAAUGAUAUACUUUUUAAUUAAUUUUGGAGUUAAUUAUGAUAGUAGAAUUUGUAGUUACGUGCAAGCAAAAACUAUUAUAAGGUUUCAACAAUUACCUAUUAUUUAUUUAUUUAAGGUUUCGAUAUUUUGGCAGUCUUAAACUUUUUUUUGUGGGCGAACCCUAAAUCUAUGUCUGGUAGCAAAUAAUAAUAAUAAUUCGAUAGCUGUAUAGGAAUGGCAAUGGGGCAGGUAUUUCGAUACCCAUACUCGUCCGGUUGUAUGUCGGAGGCAGGUCGACCCAAUGUGUACGAGCCGCCGUUCCUAAUUUGCAAUUGGUGUCGGCAAGGCAUGCAUAAAAACGAACGGGGGUAGAUUGGGGCCGCAGGGCAUUAAAUGAGGGCAGUGGGGGCGGAAGGAAGGAAGCGUAACUAUGAAUUAAAUGCGGGAGGUUUGGCGCUAUCCCGUUGUCCCGUGGCGUGGGUACCCGUUCCUAGAGUUGGAUAUUUGGUCCCGGAUUGUUUGGUUUUACUCGAAACCGAAUCGUAUAACUCAGACUUGGAUCGGACUGGGAUCGGAUAGCAAACAAUGCAAUCUCAUAGUCCGGCUUAGAUUUGAGGUAAAAAACCGGUUAAAGACCAGAUAAGAGACCCCCAACACCUAAAAUCAAGAUAAAGUUGGGACAAGAUCGGUUCAAAACCGGACUGUAUCCAAUCCAAUCUUUGGUCCUUAUAUUUCCGAAAAGACCGGACUGAGACCGGUUCAAUUUGGUUCAAUUUAACCGGACCGGACCGUAUAGCCACCCCUACCGUUCCUCAGAGCUCCCAUUUAUGCUAUACAACCUACAACAUUGGCCACACACGUACGGGAUAAUAUUUCUUUUACAAUUUUUACUAUCGACCCUCUUCAGUGUAAAGUAUACUACUAUAGAUACGUAUUGAAGUAUAGUGGUGACUUCUUAUUUCUUAACCAAGGUGACAUUCCAGGGGAACACCUAAUUAAACACUGUCGCUAUUCUAAAGAAUUCGAUUGUUACUUUAGUUGAUAAUUGGUGGUUGUUCUCCACCGAUGACGAACUAAGGAAUUAAGUUAAAACUAUAACUCAGGAGCAGUGCAAAGCAAAGUCUUGUUUAUGGGUAGAAGCGUAAUGGUGGGUAAAGGCGAAAAUAUUAACUUUUUUUUUUAACUUUUACUCGUGUCUUGUAUAUUUUGAUAGAAAUCUUUCCAACUAUAAUGCAAAUAUGAACAAAUAUGUGAAAUACCUCAUAUUUAAAAGGUCAAUCUCACGUCAAGCCUGGCUUUUCUUGAUGGAAGCCCACAUAAGUAAACUAUAAAUUAACAGGAUCUUG